UCUCUCUCUCAUAUGAUUCUCAGUUUUUAUUUUAUUUUUCCUGAACUGCCUGUUUGGUUCGAUAGAAAAACUUGGGGGAAAAUAUUUGGAACGUUACGUGUCUUGGGUUUCAUUAAGGAUCUCGGUGUCUGUUCUAUUCCCUCAUGUUCUUGGUAUCAAGAUAUUGCAUGGUGGGCAUACUAGGCCAGACGCUAUGUGCCGUGGUUAGACCAUUCGUGGGCUUCAUUGAAGCCCAAAUAAUCAGCUUAGCGCUCUGCUUUGGUCGGCAGCAUCGACGCGACUGCUUUCGUUACUCCUUUGAUGACAUCGUCCGUCUCGCUAAUACAACUCUUUUUACUAUCAAUGAAAUUGAGGCGUUGCGGGAGUUGUACAAAAAGUUGAGUAAUCUUGUCAUUGAUGAUGGUCUCAUACACAAGGAAGAGCUCCAAGUGGCACUAUUGAGAACUCCAGCAGGCGAGAAUCUUUUCCUGGACAGGGUAUUUGAUCUUUUUGAUGAAAAGAAAGAUGGAGUCAUUGAGUUUGAGGAGUUUGUUCGUGGACUCAGUGUUUUCCAUCCUCGUGCUCCUGUGGAGGACAAAACCGAUUUUGCAUUUAGGUUGUAUGAUUUGAGACAGACUGGAUAUAUCGAAAAGGAGGAAGUUAGGCAGAUGGUAGUUGCCAUUCUUUCAGAAUCCGGUAUACAGCUGUCAGAUGAAGUUCUUGAUACUAUCAUUGAUAAGACAUUCACUGAUGCAGAUGCUGAUAAGGAUGGCAAGAUUAACAAGGAAGAAUGGAAGGAUUUCGUAGUUCGGCACCCAACACUUCUGAAGAACAUGACGCUUCCUUAUUUACAGGAUAUCACGGCAGUGUUUCCAAGUUUUAUUUUCAACACUGAAGUUGAUGACUGAACAAUUUUGGCAACACUACAGUCUACAGCGAGGCAAAAUGUUGAAAACUGAAAGAGAAAAGCUUCUGCUGCAUCAGGGACUACUGUUUCAAUCUUCCAUUAGUGUCAGAUUGGUUUUGUCUAUACUGCCUCAAGGGUCCGCUCACUCCAAACCGAUACAGACACAGAGGCUGGCCAAACCCAAUGCAUCAUCAACUGUCAAUGAUCAAUCCAUGAUUUCCAAUAGAAACUUCAUUGGCAACAAAUAUACCUAUUCUUUCAGACGUAUUCAUCAAAAUACUCACUUUUGUUCAGCAUGUGGUCUGUAUAAACUUUUUUUUUU